GAACCGGAAGUGGGGUCGGAGGCGAGACUUGGUGAGUGCCGCUUCCGCCGCGGGAGGAGACUGGUUCAGAGGACUAAGCGCAUGGACUGGAAAUCGGAAGGGAGUGCUCAGAAAACAGAGUCACGGGUGCUGCAGGAGCACGAAAUUGCCCUCGACAGCCCAGGUGAAGAUGGCGUCUCUGAGAGCUUCCAGCUUCUACAGAUUGACGUGGGAUGUGAGCAUUGGGAGCAAGAGGCCCUGCCCACAGGCAGUGCGGCUUGGUGCUCGAAAAAUGUCCAAAGAAAGCAGAGACACUGGGAAAAGAUAGUUGCGGCAAAGAAGACUAAAAGAAAAAAAGAAAAAGAAAGAAGAAAAGCCAACCGUGUAGAAAAUUCAGGCAUCUGCCCCCAGCACAGCAAACGUUUCCUGAGAUCCCUAAUCAAGGAAAGACUUUUGGAAGCCAAGCACUCAGGCCCAAGACUCUGUAUCGAUUUGAGUAUGACCAACCACAUGUCUAAGAAGGAGUUAAGUAGACUGGCUGGACAGAUCCGAAGGUUGUACGGCUCCAAUAAAAAAGCUGACAGGCCAUUUUGGAUCUGCCUCACUGGCUUCACCACAGACAGCCCUCUGUAUGAAGAGUGUUUGAGGAUGAAUGAUGGAUUUUCCAGUUAUCUGCUAGACAUAACAGAAGAAGACUGCUUUAGUUUAUUUCCUCUGGAAACCCUUGUGUACCUGACUCCUGACUCAGAACAUGCUCUUGCAAAUGUUGAUUUAGACACAGUUUACAUCCUUGGUGGACUUGUGGAUGAAAGCAUUCAGAAGUUCUGCAGGGAUUACUCUGAUCUUGACCAAGGAGCUUUUUUUUUUUAAAUGGUUGGCUGUACUGGAUCUUAAUUAUGGCACAUGAGAUCUUUAGUUGUGACAUGUGAGAUCUGGUUCCCUGACCAGGGCUCACACCCAGGCCCCCUGCACUGGGAGCCAGGAGUCUUAACCACUGGACUGCCAUGGAAGUUCCUACCAGGGAGGAUGUCAGCAUUCUUGCCAGCUAUUGGUUCUUUGUUGAAAGAGUAGUUUGCUCCUUCUUAGGUCAUCUUCCCUGUUGACAGAUGUCUUACCCAUAAUCUCAACCGCAAUAGAAUCGUCCAGGUUUCUUUUGUUGAAUUUGAAUUUUAUGAGAAUAAUUGGAGUUUUGAAAUGCACUUCUAUUAUACAGGUAUUUGUUGAGAUAAUUUUUUAUGCUUAAUAAUUAGGAUAUUCUGUAGAUGUAAAUGAUGAUAUAAUGGUUAAAAUGUAUAAACAGGAGCACAGUGAAAAAUAAGUCUAUCUCUCAUCUCUGUCUCCCAGUGUCUGCGUGUGAGGCAGCCAAGGUUUUCUUGUGUAUCUCUUGAUAUAUUCUGUGACCACACAAGUAUGUGUUUAUGGGUUUUGGGGCGUAUUAAAUGAAUAUAUUUUUUCAUA